AUGGGUAACUGUUGGGGCGUGUUUCGGCGGCGUCGAAUACGUCGUCAUAUUGUGCUUAUAUUAAUAGGUUUAGACAACGCGGGUAAGACGAAAACUGUGAAUAAUUUAGCUGGCGAAAAUGAAGAUAAAGUUUUACCCACAGUUGGUUUUAAGGCUGUGAAUUUAGUACAUAAAGAUACGCCUGUAACGAUAUACGAUUUGGGCGGCGGGCCGCAAUUCAGGCAAAUAUGGUCUCAAUAUUAUAGUGAAGUUCAUGGUGUUAUUUUUGUAAUAGAUUCUAGCGAUUAUUCGCGCUUGGAUGAGUGUAAAGUUGUAUUAGAAGAGGUUUUAUCGCACGAUAAAAUAUCAGGCAAGCCUGUUCUAGUGCUAGCCAACAAACAGGACAAGACUGGUGCUUUGGAUGACAUUGAUGUGGUGGAGAAACUGAAUAUUGAACCUUUAGUUAAUAAGUACAGAUGUCCAACUCUGGUGGAGUCGUACACUGCGCAAGCGACGCCGACUAAAUCGCGAAAAAUCGACCCCGGCCUCAAGAAAGGCUACCACUGGCUCCUGAACUAUAUCGUGCGCCGUUACGGUGACAUAAACCUGCGCGUACAGACAGACAUACACACGGAGUUGGAACGCAGGCGACAAAUGACCAGAUCGAACAGAGGUUCUCAGACUUUCACAGCGCUGAGCGACGAUAUAGCCACUCAAACGGGCUUUGAGAACCCCAACUUUGAGUUACCAAAGGAGAAAGACAAUGGCUUGAUUGUGGUCAAACCGAUUAAAGUGAAUAACGAUUCGACGAUUACUAUAGAGAGUAUGGAUUCGGAUAGUACGUCCGUGAAGCCCAAACUGUCUCCCCUGUUCGGGAGGAGGGAGGAGGAGGGGAGUAACUCGAGUGUGGUGAAAGUGGAGUUGGAACCUAGGAGUGAAUUUCGGAAGUUGUCGCCGAUCGUAAGGAAUAGGGGGGUGAACCAUAUAGAUUUUAAAAAUCGCCCCCAGUCCAGCCCGACGUAUAAAAAGAAUACGUUACCGCUCAGCAAGAAUUCCUCCAUAGUAGAAGUCUCGAAGCAGACAAAGGAUGUUAUUUUCACUGACGGGUCUCGAACCCUGGACUCUGGCAAGAAACAUCGAGUUUUGGUUAACGAUGUUGAACUGAUGCAGAUGCAUCGAGAGAUCGUGCUUACUGAACGAGAUCACCCAAAAGCGCUCUCCGACACGAUAUCCGCCGCCGCCCCGCCGCCGCUGAGCGCCCGCCCCGCCUCCGCCUCGCAGCUCGUCCGCCGCCAGCUCGAGAUCUGCUCGCAGCAACGCCGCAGACUCAGCUUGCGAUAUAUGCAACGCAACAAAACUAGCCCCGAGCGUACGUCCAUGUUGCUUUACGAGCCGACUAAGCAGAGACAAUUGGACAAGGGCGAUUUCGAACACGCCACCACCAUUAAUUGA